CAUGGCAGACUGCGCGGUCGGACUCUCCCACGUCGAGUAAGCCGUGUGUAUCGUGGUGUGAGGGAUCCUCUAGUGCCGUGACAGUGCCAGGACCAUGGGUGAACCCCAGCCGCCCCUAGGCGACAUCAAGCGUCCUGACGACGUGGUGCGGAUGGCGAUGACCGACAGUCUCAAGUUCGCCGUCCUCAUCGGCCUGGUCGAGGUCGGCCAAGUGACCAACAGAGAGGUCGUCAACACCGUCCUUCACCUGGUCAGUGCCCAGAUAACUUAUCACCGGUGUUGUUCUGUCGGUAGUGCCACAAUCAAUACUAGCAGCCGCCACUAACACUGAUCGAUAACCCGGUCUCCAAGCGCCCCAGUCAGUGUCACUCUUAUCAAUCAUACCCUGAUAGCACGCCUCGGGGCUUUAACCCCGUUAUGCCAGCCAUAACAUUAUAUUUUUAUUUUACACUUUAUACAUUUAACAUGGAAAUAUGUGUGUCAAAUUAUUUAUUACGCGAAAUCUGAAAUAUUUUGUAGGUAUUUUACGUGAUUGUUUU